UUGAAGAGCACAGAGUACUUAUUAUUAGUGAAUUAGUGUCAUUGGCUAGGUGGUGGUUCUUGAAAUCAGAAAAAUGUUUAUGUGAAUAAAUGAGAAACAUUUUUAGGAAGCCCUAUAAGUCAAAAAGUUAAGAGAAAUUCCUGACAGGCUCUUCUGUGUUAGUUUUGUAGUAUUUAAUUUUGUAGUCGACAAUUCGGAAUAAUUAUUGAUGCGAAUAAAUAUCUACAAUAAAACAUCGACGCGCGUUGAACUUUCGGUCUCGUUUUUAGCAUAUGUGUUUUUUAUUUCCAAUGUAUGGAUGUCUAAAUUUUAAUAAUAUACCAAGGACAUGUUCAUAAUAAAUCUUCAUCAGGCAAGAUAUUUGACAAUUUGUGCGGGCUUUGGAUCAUGCUCUAUUAUUGGCAAUGAACACUUGACCGCAACAUGGAACACCAAGAUGGAUGGAGUGGUGGAGAAACGACUGCAGCUGACAAUACUACCGAGCGCUCGCAGACCGAUCGGGAUCGAGUACGAAUUGAAUUCUAUGCUACCUACGACGUCAUGACCGGCGUGCGUAUAGCCGCUACCCUUGGCGGCUUUUUUGCACUAAUGGUCUUUUUAAUCGUUUAUAAGAGCCGGAGUAAAUCUGUGAAAGCUCUGAAUGAUCCAAAAAUCGUAGAAUUAGCCGAAGCGGUUGUGGCUGAAGAGCAAGCUGUAGAGGAAGAAAGGCAAUUGACGGCAGCUUUAGAGGAAGCGCGUUCGGAGCGAGCUCGUUCUCGCCCGUCGAUAGGAGAAAUGCCGCUGUGGACGAGAACUGCGCGGUUUGCUUCCUAUGGUGGAGGUUAUGGUAGCUUAUUAGCACCACCUCGGAGACUUUCAACUUUACGCGGUGAUUCGCUUCCCGGUUCAGCGCUAAGGUUUAGUGAAAGACGAGCCUCGGGAGGGCCUCGUGAUAGGCGAUUAAGCUCGGCUACAUGUUCGAGUUCAGGGAGUUCCUAUUUGGAAAGACGUGGUUCAUCAGUUGUGUGCUCUUUACCGGAACGCCGGUUGUCACCCUGUCCUAGUGAACGGCUCGCGCCGCUGGCAUCGGUCGGUAGCGUGGGUCCGUCGUUUGUGGUGGAAUGUGACCUUGCAUCAGUAGGUGCGGAUUCUGUAUUUGCAGAAGAUGAUGCGGACUCUACAGACGAUGAGGUGGAGCAGUUUUCGACUGAUAGCGGUGGGCCUGAAGCCGGCACGUCCGAGUGUACGGAACUCACAAGUCGGCCGGUACUCCCCAUGCGUAUCGAUCGCGCUUCGCACUCUCGUGAAACGUUAUUCUAGUCGCCGGCGCUUUUCGCUGGAUGUUAUAUGUUAUUUAAAUGUUGAGAUGUCGACUUUUUCGUAUUAAUAUAAUUUUUAUAUAAAUAGAAACAUAUCAAUGUCAGAAUUAUUUGACCUAUAUUAAUUUUCGGGCAAGGAGUUCAUGACCGAUUAAAUCAAUUCACGAUGCCAAACUCUUGUUUAAACAUUUUUUAUAUAUAAGGCUAAAAAUCUUUUUAUUACUCCGUUAUGCGAACAAAUAUACUGCUUGUGCCUACGUUUAAUAUAUUUUCACUAAAGUCACGAUUUUCCAACGUAAAUAUAAAACUAUUAAUACGAAUGCGUCGAUAUUUUGAUGUUAAUUGUAUUGUGUAAAUAAUUUGUUUUGUUAAUAAAUUCAUGUAUCGCAAUGUUAAUGUUUCAGAUCAUGAUAGAUUAUUUUCGCGAAUUGAAUUCGGCUCGCGGCAGUUAGUUUAAAAAUGUCUGAAACUGAAUAUCGAAGCUUACUAGUCAAACUCUGAUGCUUUAUAUGUUACCUAGUAUAUAGAAUUAUAUGUACUUAAAAGUAUUAUUUUCGAAUCGGUACUCAUUUUCUAUGAAAUGGUCAAAGAUACGAGAAGACAUAUAUUUUUUGCGAAUAUUAUUUUCUACACGAAACAGGCUUCUCUAAAACCCAUAAAAUAUUUCGAGAGUAUGAAUAUUUCAAAUAAAAAGGGAACUUUUAAAUCACCGGCGUGAUAGCAAUAUUUUUUUUGUUAAAUUUUUCUAUUUCAUUGUUGUACGUGGGGUUUCGAUACAAAACUGGUAAUGUCACCAACUAGUGUUCUUUUUUAAAAAUAUUAGAUAAAGUAAUGAUCUGCCGAAUUAGUCUUUAAAAGGCGCAUUAAUAUACUUAAUUGUAAUGAUUAGUGUCAGACCAGGUUUGUUUUUAUUUAUUAAUUUAUUUUCUAUUUAAUACUAAAAUAACAAUAUGUGUUCAUUUAAAAAGUUAUAUACGAAACGUUUUGAACGAACGUGAACGAACGUGAAUCGUUACGGGCUGGUUUCAGUUGGUUGAAUAUAAAUUUUACUUUUUGGGAAGCAGCACCUACGUUUCAUUUGUGUGACCUGAAUCGCAACCGAGUCGCAAACUAUUUCCAUACGGUCCUGCUGCAUGAAAACAGUCUAAUACAUUGUCGAAUAUGACCCAAGUUUACUUUUCAUUUGAACGCAAAUUUUCUUAAAUUUGAUUAACCUUUGGAAACACGCACAAGGUAACUUAAUCUUAAAUAGUUUAUUUACUUUUCGGACAAUAAAAUUACAUUUAAAAUAUCUGAUUAGUUUUCGUGAUAGACGAAACUCAGCUUCGCGCUGGUGCAAUUGUUUUCUUGAAAAAAUAAUGGCCGUAAAACAUAGGACAUAUAAAUUUAGCUCGACUGGGUAGGUACCACCCACCACUCAUCAUAUAUUAUACUGCCACACGGCAAUACUUAGUUUUGUUGUGUUCCAAUUGGAAGGGCGAGUGAGCCAGUGUAACU